AUGAGCAAAAGCAAGAAGCGAUUUUCGUCGUCUUCUGUUUGUGUUCGAUCAAAACGCAGCGCGAGAGCAGCUUCUGUAAAAUCCGAUGACGACGACGAUGCGAAUGUCGACAACAACAACGGUUCGGUGAACAGACGCAACGCGUUGCUCGCGAUGACCGUCAUCAGUACCUCGGCUGCGCAAUCCGCUCUUGCUUUGGAUUUAGGCUCUCUCGCGGAAGAUCUCUUGAAGGAGAAAGACAUGUCCGCGAACGAAGAUAUGAAUGCGAUUAAAGCGAAGAGAGCGGUGAACUUGCCAAAGUUGGAGGUGGAACCGCUCGAUCGAUUAGAAGGCGCGGCGAGAACGUCUGGGGCGAACAAAUCGAAAGCGCAAAUUGAAUACGCACAGUACAUCGCUCCGAUUAUCGAAGAUAACAUCGAUUUGGACUUUGGAUCGUAUUGUCGAUUGGCGUUGGCGGACGCCGGGACGCACUCAGUCGUCGGGAAGAAGUACGGUUUGAACGGUUCCGUUCGAUUCGAGUUGGAUCGACCGGAAAAUAAAGGUUUGAAGAAAGCGAUGGCUUCGAUUGAGAAGAUCAAGAAAGCUGUCGAUAAGGAGACGACGCAACCGGUUUCAUACGCGGAUUUGAUCGCCAUCGUCCCGCACUUUGCGGCGAGAAUCCAGUUCAAAAAGGAUUACGUCGAGGAAGUCGGGAACGACGACAACUACGAGUUCUUGUUCAUCGGCACGAACCCGUUUUUGGGCGCGAAGGUGCGCGUUGGACGCUUGGACGCCACCGAAGCCGAUCCGGAAGGGUUGAUUCCAAACUUGGAAACCGCGACUGGGGCAGAGUUACUCGCGUGGUUCAAACGCAUGGGUAAAGGUCCGAACGAGUUGGCCGCUUUGGCGCCGUAUUUGUACUCAGACCCGGCGAAAGGCUUGGAAGUUGUCUCUCAAGACGGCACGUGCGAAAGAUUGCUCGGCGUCUUUGAAACGCAACGAAUUUUGGGUAAGAGAGCGCCGGGACCAGCGGUGACGAUCAUCAAAAACUUCAAGCAAAUCACGGACAACGCCAUCCCGGGCGGCGCCAUGGAAAUCGCUCCGGCAGUCUUCGACCCGCCGUACGUCGACUACGCGUUUAUUAAAGGUGGUGGCGAGAUUCCGAGAGUUGGUGCGUACCCGGCGAGACCGAAUGCAGCCAGGGAAGGUGGCUCCGUAUUCGCUUUGAGGAUGAGAGGCGAAACUGGCUCGGUCUCGAGUUUGGGCGGUAGAAAACAGGAUUAA